CUGUAAAGUUUCAUUCACCUGGAUUCAGCAGCUUCUGUCUCACUUGCGCGCUCCCGACGCUCUGCUGGCAGCAGCUGGACGCGCGCCGCUGUGGGCGCAGAGCCAGGAGGCGUCGGCCGGGCGAAGUGUCGUCUCAUCUGCAGAGAGACAGAGACACAGAGAGACUGAGACACAGAGAGACGUGGACUGUCGCGAGCAGAGGAGAGGAUGAAGCUAACCACUGUCCUGCUGGUGUUUGGAGUCGUGCUGAGCGUCUGUCAGGCUCAGUCGGACACCGGAGGCGAGGAGACCGGUGGCGAGGAGGAACAUGUGGAGCUCUUCACCACACCGAUGGCUAAGAUGGGCGCCGCCACCUCGGACUUCGGCUACAACCUGUUCCGUGCUCUGGCGAGCCGCGAGGCUGCGACCAACAUCUUCCUGGCCCCCAUCAGUGUGUCUGCGGCGCUGACUCAGCUGUCCAUGGGAGGGUCUGAGCGUGCUGAACAGCAGCUGUUCAGGGCUCUAAGGUACCACACCCUGCAGGAUCCUCAGCUCCACACCACCCUGAAAAACCUGCUGGCUUCAGUCAGGACGCCUGGAAAAGGCCUGAGCACCGCCGCACGCAUCUACCUGGCACGACGACUUCGUCUGAAGCAGGACUUCUUCACGCUCGUGGAGCAGCAGUAUGGCAUUCGUCCCAAGGCCCUGCAGGGAGGAACCAAAGAUGUGAAAGAAAUCAACGACUGGGUGACUCAGGAGACGGGCGGGAAGGUGCAGCGCCUCCUGGCCAAAGCCCUCUCCCGAAACGCUGGAGUGAACGCCGUGAGCGCCGCUUACUUUAAAGGGAAGUGGGUGACUCGGUUCGGUCAGAAUGGAGUGAUGGAGAACUUCCAGGUGGACGGCGGGGUACCUGUGCGUGUUUCCAUGAUGAAACAGGAUAACUACCCUGUGAAGAUGGGAGCCGACUCGGAUUUGAGCUGCACGAUCGCUCAGAUCCAGAUGCAGGACGACAUCAGCAUGUUCAUCUUCCUGCCGGAUGAAGUGACCGCCAACAUGACCCUGCUGGAGGAGAGUCUGACUGCUGAGUUCGUCCAGGACCUCUCCAUGACGCUCCUCCCUACCCAGGUGUCCCUCUCUCUGCCCACCCUGAGGCUCAGCUACUCCUCAGACCUGCUGCCGCUGCUCAGCGACCUGGGUCUCUCUGAAUGGCUAGACAACCCGGACCUGGAGAAGAUCUCAGCUCAGGCCGCCAAGCUCGUCAGCCUCAAUCACAAAGUUGUCAUGGAGACGGCGCCCGAGGGGAACCAGUACCCCAGCGCCACCUCAGCAGCCAGUCACCUGUCAUACACAGUGGACCGCCCCUUCCUCUACCUGAUCCGGGACGAAGCGUCAGGGGCGCUGCUCUUCAUCGGCAGGGUGGUCAACCCCAAGGACCUGAGGAUAUAACACACACACACACACACACACACACACACACACACACACACACACACACACACACACACUGUUAGCAGGUCCUGGGAGGGACGUCAGGUAUUUGCGUUGCGUUUGUGGGGGAGACGUCUGUGAGGAUAUUUGAUUUGAUUUUACAUGAUUUGUUACUUUUCAUGUUGAAACACGUCGGCGUGAUCAUGUUAAUCUGACGCGAAACUCAAACACACUGGUGAUACUCUGACUCACCAAAGGACUGUCUUUUUAAAGAAAUCAAAUAUUGUCAUUUGUGUUCAAAGAAAUAAACACGACAAUGAAACCA